ACAGUUUCCUGUGUGUAUCAAGAAUGGUCAGCCAGCCAAAAGAGAUUCACAACAACAAAAAAAUGAUUCACUCCAGCAGGGAACUGAUUACAGGAAUACUGCAUGUUGUAAGCGGAGACAGAGUGGGCGCAGUUAGACAGAAGCAAAUAUAAAAGGAAAAUGCUAUAUUUAGUUGUAAGACGUGAGCGCCCAGAGUCCGCAGCUGAACUGAAGGACUUCCAUGUGAUUUGCUGAACGAAUGCAGUCCACUCAAGAACAUGGCUAUGAACUGGAAUUCCUGUCUCACUUUUGUCGUUUCAUUUCUGGUCUUCAAGUUAUCCCACUUAACGGAGUUUGAGACCACUGUUCCCAGUGAGACGCAGCUUGCCAUCCUGGGGCAACAUAUAGUCCUAGACUGCAGCUUCCCUGUGGACAAACAAUGGGAUCCAACGCGGUGCCAGAUUGAAUGGAAGUUAGACAAGGUGGUGGUCCACAGUUUCUACUAUGGUCAGGACCACCUGAACGACCAGAGCAGUCGCUAUGUCAACAGAACCAGCCUGUACCACUCUGAUAUACAGAAGGGGAACGCUUCUCUCAGGCUGGAACGUGCCACUCUGGGAGAUGAGGGAAACUAUACCUGCACUGUGCACACAGAAAUGGGCCCAAAGAGGACAUCUGUAUCCCUUAAAUUAGCAGCAUUCUACCCUGAGCCUCGCCUGAAGUUCUCAACCUCUGCCUGUGGUGUGGAGCUACUCUUGACCACCGAGGGGUACCCCCGACCCUCAGUGCAGUGGCUGACUGUCAGUGGCGAGGACGUCGGCGACGACACAGUCACACACCUCUCCCAGGACACACAGGGCCUAUACACUGUUUCGAGCACAGUAUCCCUGCAAGGAGCGGUCAAUAAGACCCUGACGUUUGUCUUAAAGAACGAGGCUCUGGGACAGGAGAUCAGGAGAAACAUCACACUUCUCUCAGGAAAUAGUGUUGACGUGUCACCUGGGGUUUACCAAGAGAGAUGGUGGUUUGUUAUUACUGUCCUGGCUGUGAUGCUGAAAUACUUGUUGUGUAACUAAAAUGUAACCAUUUGUUGUUUUGCUUCUUGGACUAAUUUGUAAUGAUGCACAAUGCCACUAAGAAAAUUGAAUAAACUGUACAGAAUGCAUCUGUAAAUAAGUAAGU